AUGCUGCCUCCCAUGGCCACUGUUCCUUGGCUGGUGCUCUCCUGCCUGGUGCUCCAAGCCCAUGUGAAAGGGGAAGACCUGAAGAAUGAAGAGCUGUCUCCAAGAGUCAGGUGCCCCAAAGGCUCCAAGGCCUAUGGCAACCAGUGUUAUGCUUUUUUUAAGACAGCAAAAUCCUGGAUGGAGGCUCAAACUCAACCCAAUGCAGGUGGAUGGGAGUGGAGUAAUGGUGAUCUGCUGAACUAUCAGGCCUGGGAGAACGGAGUCCCUUCCAAUUCCGGGUACUGUGGAGCCGUUCUUCACUACACAGGGUACGAAAUAUGGCAAAAUUUUGACUGUAGAAAUGUACUGCCCUACGUCUGCAAGUUUGAGGGCUAA